AAUGGCUAAAUUUCAAGUAAAUACUAAGUCAAAAGACUAUCUAAGGGACAAGGAAGCGUUUCUUAAAGACUUAAAGCAGUUUAAUGAGAGUAAAAACAUUCCAUAUAAAAUACCGGUUGUCAAUGGAGUGGAAAUAGAUUUGUAUUUGUUUUAUUCGUUGGUUCAACAGCGUGGGGGACUUGGCAAGGUAAAUCAAAAUGACACUUGGGAGUCAUUUUUAAGAUUGCUUAGACUCCCACAUCCAUGUAUCAAUGGAUCUACACUUUUGCGAAGAAUUUACGGAAUGUAUUUGGAAAAGUAUGAGAGGGCAAAAGGUCCUCCAGGUCGGGAUGAUGACAAUGAUAUUGAUGAAGAUCCAAGGAGAGGCCGUGGAGGUGGAAUGCCACGCAUUACUUUUGGAGGUGGCACAUAUAUAUCAGCAUCAGGCGAGGCGCUCCGUACUAACGUAGCACCGAGAAUUGCAGGCCCAUCGGAACGAUUGACACUGUCGCUAUUGUCACCAAUGCCCAAUGAGCAAGACUUUGCUAUUAAUGUGUGCACAGUGUUAGCAGCGGAUCAUAAUAAUCGCCUACCUUUGAGUACAACACCACAUAUCUUGGACUUCUUAUUGGCACAUGCUGGGGUAUAUAAUCAUUCCAGUCUUCGUGAUACGAUUGGUCGAUCUUACUAUGAGGCUCGUGGUCGGUAUCCACAUGAGUUCUGGCAGAUGAGGUCCGGCGGAGGUGGGGCUAAGGAGUUGGCGGAUGAGAGCAAGUUCAUGCAGCCAGGGAUCGAGCAGCCUGAGUUGAUGGUGCAGGCAUUGGCCGCUCAUAAUACUUUGACUGAUUGCUUGAUGCAGGAUGGUGAGGUUCUGGAACUGGAGAAGUUGAUUGAUGAUGGGACUUCGGAUAUGCUAGAAGAUUGGGUGACUGAACCCUCAGAAGAGAACUUGUUGUUUGCGCCCGAGUUGCCCGGGGGCUCAGCUUGUGUGUACACACAGCGAGUGCUGCAAGUCGCCUCUAUCGUGCGUUCUCUCUCCUUCCACGAAGAGAACAUACAGUACUUAGCCAAGAAUACCACACUUAUACGAUUUUUAUUACUCUGUGCCAACUGCUGGGUUGGUACUCUACGUCAGAGUGGAUUGGAUACUCUCGGUAAUGUUUCCACUGAGUUAGUAAUAAAGGAUCCAGCGACGUGUCUCAUCUCGCGUCACAUUCUGUCCACUAUCCAGUCAGCACUGGUGUCACCGGACCGCGCGCGUGUGCUCGCUGCACUGGAAUUGCUUAACAAACUGGCACAGAACGAAGUUAAUGAAGAUGCACUUCUCAAAGCAUUGGAAGCUAAGGUGUACAGUGACGUAUGCGCAUUGCUAACACUGCGCGAUAUAAUGGUGCUGGUGUGUACUCUGGAGUGCGUGUACGCGCUCACCUCACUCGGAGAUCGAGCUUCGGAAGCUGUGGCCCGCGUGCCUGGACUUAUACACACGCUUGUGUCACUUGUCACUGUUGAGGCACAGAGCUACGGUCCAAGAGCUUGCAUUCUGAUGCGCGUGGUGGAGACGGUCAGCGGGCCCAGCCCCAUGCCCGCGGACAGGGACCCUGCGCCCCCACCUCCCCCAUUGGCUCAAGUAUCAAAACCGGCAGUUGAGCCUGUUGCGCAAACACCGCCUGCGCAGGCGCAGACCUCCCCCGUCUCCUCCAUACAACAGUCACACAUACAGCAACGAACCAUACAGGAGAACGAGCACUUCGCUCAGGCGUGGCUGCGGUCGACGUACGAGCCGCUGGGUGCGGGCGACAACAGCGCGUGUGAGGCGGCCGAGGUGUACCGCCAGUACCUCGCCUGUUGCACCAAGCUCGGCCGCAAGGGUGUCAUUGCGCCCGCGCACUUUCCACGACUAGUCAGGACCGUGUUCGGGGGCACAGUGGGUCCCAAUUCGAUCACAACAGCGACUGGUGAGACGCAACAGGCGUACAUUGGAAUACGCGCCAGGAAUCCACAAAAUAGACCCAAUCCACCUGCAGGACCGUCAUCGCCUAUUUUGAAAGCCCAGUUGACCAACAAGCCCGGUACUGUCGAAGUUAAACCGGUUGUGGUACAAGCUCAGACGGCGAGCCCUGCGCCGGCGCAGCAUCCACAUCUGUCGCAAGCGCUCGACGCGCCCUCCAACACGACUCUCAUCAAACACCUGCUCGCCCACAAAGUAAGCCCAGCCCCGCACAAGCAAGUAGCACAAAGGCAACAGAGUCAACAAAGAGUUGUCGCACCUUCUACAUCCAAUGCUGUUGUACAACCCAGUGUAUCGGGAAUGGAGGUAGAUCCAGAGGCGUUAAUUAAAUGUACGACAAUAACUCCGGGAGGUGUUGCCAGUAACACGCCCGCCUUGCAGGGAGAUAAGGUGGUGAUUACAUCAGAAGAAGUUUUAGCACCGAAAGAGGAACCUGUACAAAUACAAAUAGAUGAUCAAACACAAUUGACUAUAAAAACUGCCCAAAAUAAAAUGCUAGCUGACCUGCUAGAGAAAAAAUCAAAUCCACCUGUUCAAGUUGUACAAAUGAACCCGCAAAUAAACGCACCGACCAUACAAAUAACAGAAACCGGUCAAAUAGUACAAGUGAAAUCUGAAGCGAACCCGGUCAUACAAAUAAACGCAGACACUGGCAGUUCAUAUUUUCAAAUAAAGAACGAACAAGGCCAAUUAAUUCAAAUUAAGAACGAACAAGGCCAGAUAAUACAGCUAAAGAACGAUCAGAUACAGAAUUCGAUGUUGCAAUUCAAGAACGAUCAGGGUCAGAUCGUUCAGAUUAAGAACGACGGUCAGAAUUUACAGGCCGGUCAGAUUUUGCAGCAAAGUGUCAUACAAACGGCUAAGAAUGAAAAGGAUCAGAUUAUGGAGACUGUGGUGACUGAUCAUUCCUAUACUGAGCCGCCUACGAAAAAGAUAAAGGUGGAAGAGAAACGAGAGGGCAAUACACCUCAAGAGAGUGUUUCAAAGACAGCAGCUAACUUGUACGCCGCGUUAGCAGCAUCAGCGUUAGAAGACGAGGAAGAUCUGCGGCCUGGACUCAUGUUACCUGGAACUCUACGCAAGCUACCAAAUAAACAAGAACCCGGAGAAGUUCCGCCUCCGGUUAUGGUCGCAGGUUCAUCUGAUACUGGAUCUGUUAUAAUACAGGAGCCAUUGCUUCAGGUGCAUCAACCGAGUAUACAAGUUCAGCAACCUACCAUGCAAGUACAACAACCAACUUUGGUUCAACAACCGACUAUGCAGAUGCAGAGCUCUACAAUGCAAAUGCAGCAACCAACGUUACAAAUGCAGCAACCCAUGCUGCAAGUUCAACCUAUGGACGUUCAGAAUAUUCUAGCGUCGCAGUCCGGACAGAUUAUACUGCAAGGUGGUUUGGGUUACAUAGCCCAGAAUAUACCUGGAAAUAUGAUGCAGAAGACGAUUAUAAUUGUCCAAGGUCCUACAGGUGGAGGUCCACUUACUCUUACGGUGAACAACCCAGCGGGUCUGGACGAGGCGACUCUAAACAGCCUUAUUACCCAAGCAACAGAGGCGAUAACUCAACAGCAAAUUAUCCAGAACACGGGCGUAAUACAGUCAACUCAGAGGGUGAUUGUGAGUCAACCGACACUAGUGAGCACUUCACAGCCCAUCACUAUGGUCAAAACGGCCAUAGCACAGAAUACGCCACAAAUAACGGCGAGCCAACAACCAAUAAUAACAUCUCAGCCCCAACCACACAAAGCACAAAUUGUCACUUCACAAACCCAACAAAUUGUCGUAUCGAAACAGGCACCGGCAUUGAUCAGUACAUCAACAAGCAACCAGAUGGGCGGCAACCAAAUUAUACAAGGCGGCAACCAAAUUAUACAAGGCGGCAACCAAAUUAUACAAGGCGGCAACCAAAUUAUACAAGGCGGCAACCAAAUUAUACAAGGGAAUCAACAAAUUAUUGCCGUAUCAAACAAUCAGCAGAUCAUAAUGAACGCUCCAUUGAAACCCGGUGUGCAUAGAGUAAUGCAGCCGCAGAGGAGUCAAGUGGUCAAUACGGUCACACAGCCUGUGGUAUCGCAGAGUGAAGCUAAAUCAACUGUAAUACAGAGCAGUCCCAAACCACAGCAACCGAUCAUGCGACAAGUGAUCACUCGACAACCAAUAAUGGUGGGAAAUACCAAAAUCGGUGACAAAGAGGUAGUCACUCAAACUGUUGAGAAGCCACCGACACCGAAGCCGACUGUGACACCGCCCCCAGUGGCGUCCACGUCACUGUCAGCUGAUGACACGCCAUGGAUAUGUCAUUGGAGAGGUUGUGGCAAGUCCUUCUCUAACGCAUCAGAGGUGUUUACUCACGCUGCGCGGACACAUUGCCCGACUGCGGCGGGCGGCGAGGCGGCCUGUAUGUGGCUGGACUGCGACCGCGUGCCUCGGAAGACAUUUGCCCUCCUCAAUCACCUCACAGACAAGCAUUGCACGCCCGCUGCAUUAAAGGCGAUAUUCAAUUCUCGUCGUCACGCGCUGGCGGAGGCGGAGGCGGGCAAGCCCGUGUCUCUGGGCUAUCCGCCCAACGCCGCACUCGCUGCACUCAACAAGCACGCUACAGAUAUGUUCAACCCGAGAGAAUUGAUGCACAGGGCCGAGCUCAGUCGCACGCCGGAGCAAUUGGAUGAAAACGAAGGACCUGUUACUAAGAGUAUACGAUUAACAGCUGCUUUGAUUCUGAGGAAUAUCGUUAUUUAUUCCAAUACCGGAAGACGACAAUUGCGUACUUACGAAGCGCAUCUUGCGUCAAUUGCGCUUAGUACGGUGGAAGCUUCGAGAACGAUUGCCCAAGUUUUAUACGAUAUGAACAAUAUUUGAGAAUCACUUGACGGCUCAAAGCCGAAACAAAGAUAGCGGAAUUAAAACCCGCGUGACGUCAUAAUGACGUAACGUAUGUGACACGUGACGUGACUGUGUUUUUGUUGGCAACACUGACUUUGAAAUUGACAAAUUAUUG